AUGGCCCGACCAUCACCGCUCUCCCUCCUCCUCCGCGCGACGGCGGCGCUCCUCCUCCUGCUAACGUGCGCUCCGCCGGCCGUCUCUCUGCCCCCCUGCCCCCCCUGUGGCUCCGCCCUCGUCCCCUACCCCCUCAGCACCGGCCCCACCUGCGGCGAUCCCGCCUACCGGAUCCGCUGCUCCGCCGCCGCCCUCCUCUUCGACUCCUCCAACAACACCUACCCGAUCACCUCCAUCUCCGCCGCCGAUCAGCGCCUCACGGUGGCGCCGGCGCCGUUCCUCCCGGACGCCUGCGUCGCCGCCGACCUCCCGACGAACGGGCUCCAGCUGGAUCCCGCCGCCCCCUUCAACAUCACCGGGGCUAACACCAUCCUCUACCUCAACUGCACCGACGCCAUCCUCAACUCCCCACUCAACUGUACCGCCACCAGCCUCUGCCACGCCUACGCCAACGCCACCGCCGGCGCGUGCCGAUCCACGCCGUGCUGCGCGUUCAGGGCUGGCGGGUCGACGACGGCGUACAGGAUACGUGUCAGGCAGGCCGGGUGCCGGGCCUACCGCAGCUUCGUGGGCCUGGACCCCGGGCUGCCCGUGGACCGGUGGCCGCGGCCCGGCGUGGAGCUACAGUGGGCCCUGCCGGCUGAGCCCACCUGCGGGGGUCAGGGAGACUGCGGGCCGGAUUCAACCUGUCGACCCGACCCGAACUCGAACCGUGGGGUUAGGAGGUGCUUUUGCCACUCGGGCUUGAGGUGGGACCCUGUUGCCGGAGUCUGCGCUACAGAAUGCCAAAAUCGAAAUGGGUGUGACAAUGACCGAACUGCACUUAUUGCAGGUCUGACCUCCGGCCUCGGCGUGACACUCGUAGCAUCCCUCAUCGCAUUCUUCGCCUACAAACGCCACCGACGCAUACGCGACGAGAAGGACCGCAUCACCCGCGAUCGCCAGCUCAUCCUCAACUCCGGCGGCGCCACUGCCAAACUCUUCACCGGAAAACAAAUCAAACGUGCCACCAACAACUUCUCUCGGGACCGCCUCCUCGGCUCCGGAGGCUAUGGCGAGGUCUACCGUGGCAUCCUCGACGACCACAACACCACCACAGUAGCCGUGAAGUGCGCCAAGCUCGGCAACCCUAAGGGCACCGACCAACUCCUGAACGAGGUCCGCAUACUUUGUCAGGUCAACCACCGCAGCCUCGUCCGCCUCCUUGGCUGCUGCGUGGAGCUCGACCAGCCCGUCCUCGUCUACGAGUACAUCCCCAACGGGGCCCUCUCGGAGCAUCUACAGGACACGACCCGCCGGGGGCUCUUGUCCUGGAGCCGCCGAUUAAGCAUCGCGCGAGACACGGCCGAGGGACUUGCGUACCUCCACUCGUCGGCGGUUCCCCCGAUCUACCACAGGGACGUGAAGUCGAGCAACAUCCUCCUUGACGAGAAGCUCAAUGGGAAGGUCUCGGAUUUCGGGUUGUCCCGGCUGGCGCAGGCAGACGUGAGCCACAUCUCCACGUGCGCGCAGGGGACGCUCGGGUACCUCGACCCGGAAUACUACCGCAACUACCAGCUCACGGAUAAGAGUGAUGUGUACAGCUUCGGGGUGGUUUUGUUGGAGCUCUUGACGUCCCAGCGGGCGAUAGAUUUCUGCCGGGAAACGGACGAUGUGAACUUGGCGGUGUACGUGAGGAGGCUAGUGGACGAGGAGAGGGUCUUGGAGGCAAUCGACCCGGGGCUGAGGGAGGGGGCGGGGGAGCUCCAGGUGGAGACGAUGAAGGCGUUGGCAUUCCUGGCGGUGGGGUGCGUGGAGGAGAAGCGGCAGAACCGACCGUCUAUGAAGGAGGUGGCGGAGGAAAUCGACUACAUUAUAAGCGUCGCCAAUUCGAAUAAUUGA